AUGCAGCAAACGAACGCAGGCAAUCCACGCAAGCGAUUCACCGCCACUGGCUCUGAAGCUGGCCCCUCUCGCACCCCCCGAAUCGCCAACGCAGUCCCAGAUUCCAUCCUCCAAGACGCCGCUGUCAACCAAGCCAUCGCCUCCAUCCUCCCUGGGAACUACAACUUUGAGAUCCACAAAACAAUCCACCAUAUUCGUAAAGCAUCUGCAACAUGUGUCGCUCUGCAGAUGCCCGAAGGUCUCACGCUGUGGGCUACAGGUAUCGCUGACAUUCUAGAGCGGUUCACAGAGGCAACGACGGUAAUCAUGGGCGAUGUUACCUACGGAGCAUGCUGUGUGGACGACUAUACGGCGAUGGCGUUGGGCUGUGACAUGUUAGUGCAUUAUGGUCAUAGCUGUUUGGUGCCAGUGGAUCAGACGGCGAUCAAGACGCUCUACGUGUUUGUGGAGAUCUCGAUUGAUCCUGCUCAUUUGGCUAGUACGGUGAGGGCCAACUUUCCAAGCGACAAGGAGCAGUUCAGGGCAAAGAUCCUGGGUGGAAGUCAGAAUGUGAAGGGGGAGAGGCAGGCGGUUGAUGAGAGUGCUGGGCGCGCAAGGAUCCAAAUCGGCCAAGCUCACGAUGCCAACGCUCAAGCGUCCAAUUCGUCGGCAACAAGCUCAACCCCAACACAUCUAGCAUUGGUGGGAACAGUACAGUUCAUCAACGCAAUUCACGCUCUACGAGAGGCACUGGAGCAACAACAGCAUCGCUCAGCCCAUGGCACCAUCGUCAAUGGCGAACCUGAUCCUGAUCGACUACUUCUCACCGCUGCAUCCGCCACAAGGGGCACAGUCGACCCUAUUUCGCAGGCAGCCAAAUGGAAAUCCUGGACAUCAGGAGAAUACAAAAUCACAGUUCCACAAGUCAAACCUCUCAGCCCAGGAGAAGUUCUCGGCUGCACAUCCCCCAAAUUGGACAAAGACAGCAUCGAUGCGAUCGUCUACAUUGGAGAUGGACGGUUUCAUCUCGAGUCGAUCAUGAUCGGCAAUCCCCGCAUCCCUGCUUUCCGAUACGACCCGUACACAAAACGCUUUGUUAGAGAGCUAUACGAUCAUGCCGAGAUGCGCAAGAUGCGCCGAGAAGCAGUUCGACUCGCUCAGGCCAGCGUAGGAGCGAUGGACCUCGAUCCUGAAACUUGCAUGGACAAGCAGAAAUCAGAUGCUCAGGCACUGCAGGAAGAAAGGAGGAAAGCAACGGGAUGGGGUGUUGUCUUGGGCACUCUUGGUAGACAAGGCAGCCUAAGAGUGCUCGAAUCUCUGAGCACAUCGCUAGCACAGCACUCUCCUCCAAUCCCACACGUGCGGAUCUUGCUAUCCGAACUGUCACCGCAGAAAGUGGGACUGUUUGGAGACCAUCUCUCGGCGUUCAUCCAGACAAGUUGUCCGCGUUUGUCGAUCGAUUGGGGCUCAGCAUUCCCGAAACCGCUUCUCAGCCCUUAUGAAGCAGCGGUAAGUGUGAACAAGAUCAAGGGCUGGCAGGAGGAUGUGGAAGGCUUAGGGAUGAGUAGGACUCCAGCCAAACCAACUGCGAACGGUAGCAAAGGAGAGGUACCGGCGCAAGACAAGCAUCUGCCACUGGACGGUGACUAUCCCAUGGAUUUCUACAGUGACAGUUCCUUGGGACCUUGGACACCAAGACAUGGUAUGGCACAGGUAAAGAAGCCAGCAGGUGCAAAGAGCAAUCUGGCCUUGUUGAAGAGUUUGAGGAGCAAGAGAGCUGCUGCGUCUCCUUCUGCUUCGGCAUAA